AUGCAACCGUUAUACGGCCUAUCCCUAGUGGCCUUGCUACUAUAUCGCGCCUGGUCAAAACAAUCCCUUACUUCUCUCGCUCUCGUCGCCGCCGGCUUGUCAGCUAGCGCGCACGCCUUGCACCCAUGGAACACACCGUUCAUACUACUCGCAGUGUUCUAUCUCGGAUCCCAAAAGGCUACAAAGAAACUGACUGGUUAUCUCUCGCUGAUCCAGGUUAAACACGAUGUCAAGGCGCGUCUGACCCUCUCCGCAGCAGGCGCGGAGGGCGGCGAAGGCAAACGAAAUCACGUCCAAGUGCUAGCGAACUCGAUUUCUGCUACUGUUCUGGCCAUCGCGCACACAUAUGUGCUAUCCAAGAGCUCCCCGACCGAGUCAUGCUUCUCCUUUGGUGGUAGCGCUGCGGAUAUCCUAAUGGUCGGCAUCGUCGCCGCAGCCGACACGUACUCUUCCGAACUGGGCAUCCUCUCCAAAUCCAAACCCCGCCUCAUUACCUCGUGGAACCUGCGACAAGUACCGCCAGGCACAAACGGUGGUGUAACAGCAGCUGGACUGGGCGCUGGUCUAUUCGGAUCAUUCACUAUCGCAUUGUCAUCAGCUAUCUUCACGCCGUUAUGCGCUGGGCUCGGAGUACAAGAUCGUGCACUGUGGGUUAUCGCGUUCUCCUUCUGGGGUUUACUGGGAAGUAUCCUAGAUAGUGUGCUAGGGGGACUGUUACAGACUACCGUGGUGGAUAAACGGAGUGGCAAAGUUGUGGAAGGGGAUAAUGGUCAGAGAGUUCUUGUUCGUCCUGGUUCAACGAAGCCAGAGAAUAUCCCUGCGUCUGGGAAGUCAACAGGGAAUGAUGGACUUAAUGGACCGGACAACUCCGAAGAUAGUUCUACUAUACGGGGUAGCCUUGCCUCGGGACAAUCAGUGGGUGGCCCGGUUGAACAGGAGGGUCACCACAGCCGACAGGUGACUGUCGGGCAUGAUUGGUUAAAUAAUAAUGGGGUGAACUUAGCUAUGUCACUUACGAUGACUGUGGGUGCUAUGAGUAUUGCGACGUGGGUUUGGGGGAUCGAUAUGCAGGAAUUGCUGGUAUAG